AUGAAUGUUCAUCUUGCAAUACUAUUUCUGUCAGCAAUAGGCGUGGUGCUGGUCAGUUACGUGGACUCUCGUCCCAGGAAGGCCAAAAGACGUGGCCGUUGCCAGCCUAAGAUGUUGGCGGAGUAUAAUUUGACAUUCUACGGAGAUUGGUCCCCCAAGACGUUUCCUCGAUUUUAUCCUCGUGUCAGACCCCCAGCACAGUGGUCAAAACUCGUCGGCCGUUCUCAUGACAGUACUUAUCAGUUGUGGACACUGGGUGGGAACGCCAGCGAUGCAGUUAAGGCCUUUGCUGAGGAUGCUGACUCCUCUACGCUGGACCAAGACGCGCAGGCGUAUAGAGGCAUCUUUGAUUCGUUCACAGCCGCUCCGAUAGAGAGUGGGAUGGGAAGGUCCGCAGUCCGUUUUCUGGCAGACGGUCAACACACGAAGAUGUCUUUUCUUGUGAAAAUCGUCCCUAGUCCAGACUGGUUUGUAGGAGUUGCUUCCCUUGACCUUUGCCGAAACGGUCGCUGGAGGAAGGAAAUCACUGUGGACUUGGCGCCACUUGAUGCUGGGACUGAUCAGGGACUGACGUUUACAUCUCCGAACUGGCCAAACGUACCAACCGACCCUAUCAGUGAGAUCACUAAUACACAACCCAACCAUCCAGCCAGCGCAUUCUUUUACCCGGAAAAGGAAACACUUCCGAGAAUAGGCCAUAUUGUUAUCACGGAAGUUGCCGAAUACAGGCGGCGGGGACGGAAGUUAGAUUCAUCGCCAACAGGACCGAACGUGGUAAUAUUUGAUCCAGAAGAGGAUGAAGAUUAUCAAUACUAUGGUUUAAAAACUGGUAGUCUAACUCAAUCAUCUGGAUCACCACACGAAGAUGAAGGUGGCAAACCACAAGAUUGUACGGUAUCAGAGUGGAGUGAAUGGUCACCGUGUUCAAAGACAUGUGGCUUCGGAAUUCAAACGAGAUCACGUGAUGUAAUCCUGUUUCCGGUAAAUGGAGGGUACGGAUGUCCAAAACUAACAGAACAAAACACGUGUGGGAGCAUGCGCAAAUGCAAAUGGGGACAUUUUGACUAUCUAUUUAAAAGGUCUGGUUGA